AUGGAGGUUUCUUCAGUAGUUUGGAUUGUUCUGGGCACGACUUUUCUAGUCACUCUUGCUGCAGUUUUGUCUACAACUUGUUUGGGCCCUUUGCUGCUGCGCUGCUGCUGCUGCCCCUGCUGCGCCUGCUUCAAGGCCCUCACGGGCAAAGACCUUUUCCCCAGAGCUUCCACUUUCCCCCUUUCCGAGGGCUCUGAGGGGCCCCCGGGGGGCCCCCCUGCCUGCAGCUGCUGCGAGCUUGCUGCAGCACACCCUGCUGCUGCUGCUGGAGCAGCAGCGCCCGCGGACUCCGACCCCCUCGUGCCCUCCCCCCAGCAGCAGCAGCAGCACGGCAGCAGCAGCAGCAGCAGCCGCGCCCUCCCGCCUCCUGCUGCGGAUCUGCAGGGGGCCGCGGCCCGUCCUGCGGCCCCCGCAGCAGCAGUAGCAGCAAGAAGCGCUGCUGCUUCUGCUGCUGCUGCAGAAGCUGCUGCCAACUCGUGCGCCCCCGAGAGACCCAAAGGUCCCUUCGCUCCUGCUGCUGCUGCUACAACUAUUACCAGCUGUACAGACACCCCAGCAGCAACGAACACGCCCGCAGGCCUGUCAACUCCUGCUGCUGUUGCUGCUGCUGCUCGGGCAGCAGCUCCUCCUUAUUCCUUUUCUCCCGCUGUUUCUCCCAUUUCAGAAGCAGGCAGUCCUGCUGCUGCUUCCAGGCGCGCCGCAGCAGCAGCGCCUGCAGCAGCAGCAGCACCAGCAGCAGCAGCAGCAGCGCCCAAGGAGGGCGAGCCGCAGCUCGUGCACAUGACGCUUGCUGCUCUCGCUGCAGCAGACGCAGCAGCAGAUGCAGCAGCAGCAGCAAAACAACCUGGCGGGGCCGUCGCCGUGGGUGUGGGGCCCCCCGCAGCAGCAAAAUGCAGCAGAGGAAGAAGGGGCCUCGUUUUAAGGGCCCCUCCUGCUGCUACAAAUGCUGUUUCUGCUGCUGCUGCUGAGAGUCUAGAAGCUCUUGUUUGA